GCGCUCGUCGCUGCUCUCAUCCGGAAGACGCAGGCCUCGCACAUCGCAAAUGUCGCAUCCCUCGUCCUCUGCCCCUGCUGGAACGCAAAUAACGCUGUACAUAUGGCCCCCGCACGAAAAUGUUCUCUCACUCAAUGCCGCAAGUGUCGCGGCCCUGUUCUACACCCAGCUCGCCAUCCCGGGCCAGUUCUCCGUAGCGUACAGCGCCAACCCGGACUCAUCACCGAGUGGACAACUACCAUAUCUAACGCAUGGAAUGCAUAAUGCGACCACGUUCGCGUCCAUUGCGAAGUAUGUCACGCAACUGCCAGGCGCACGCGACGUGAAUGAGUCGCUGAAUACGAUGGAAAAGUCGCAGUUUGCGGCGCGCAUUGCACAUGUACAGUCGGACUACGGGGAUCUUGUGGCGCAUAUGCUCUACUCACUCCGUCUCAACUGGAGGAGAGUGACAAGACCUGCGAUGGCGUCUAUGCUGCCGGUGCCACAGCGCUACUAUGUCCCAAACCGUAUUCGUGAAUCUUAUCAGCCGCGGUUGGAAGCUGCAGAGCUGUGGGACAUCCCCGGCAUUGAGCAGGAGGAAGAGGAAGACAGGAUAUCCGCGCUUCGCAGGGAUAGGCGGAAGAAGAAGGAAACGAAGGCGCAGAAGUUCAAACGGGUGUUCGAGCGUGAAAAGGUCAUCGAGAAAGCCCGUGCCUUCCUCUCGAGUUAUGCGACUCUCCUAGGAGAACGGCGAUAUUUCAAUCCGCAUGCCGAUAGCCCAUCAGCCUUGGACAUUGUCUUUGCUGCACACACGCACAUCCUAAUGAACGUGUCAUUUGCGGACCCACUACUCCAGGGCUUAUUGUCCGAAUCAUACCCGACCCUCGUCGCGCACGCCCAAGCAGUGCAAUCUGUCGCUUUCCCAGACCCCCAGUCGUUCCCACCGACAGCCCCGCUCGACCUGUCCCCAUCUCUGAAGUCGCUGCUACCAACGCCAGCGCUGCCCUCAUGGCCGUGGACGAAGCGAACAGAGGAAGUGACGGAAGAGGAGAAGCGGUUCAGGCUGGCGCGGUGGGGCUGGAUUGGCCUGGCGGCGGCAAGCGUGGUGUUCUAUUUGGCGUUCCUGAACCCUGUGGUGGUUGUUGUAAGCAGAGAUGAGGACGAUGAGGUUGACGAGGAUGCAGAAGAGGAAGAGGAACACGAAGAUGAGGAAGAGGAUACGGAGGAAGAGGAGCGCGAAGAGUCAGGGUAAUGCGUGAAGUUGUGGACUGCUAGAUCUUCUUCGCUACUCGACCAUAUAAUGACGACUAUCUGCAUGCUCAGCUCUGAGAUCUGAUACUCAACGUCUUCGAAUACCAGGACGAGUAACUUACAGACUGAGACGCGUC